AUGAGAAAAUAUGAAAAUAUUUUUAACAAACAAGAACAUAUGACUAAUUGGAUUCAAAUGGACAAAAAUGCACGCAAAGAUAAAAAGCAGAAAAGUGCUCGUUUAAAAAUAAAUGAUGAUUAUGUUCAAUGUUGUGAUUCUAACUGUACAUGCUCCAAAAAUAGUCACGAGUUCAUUGAUGUCGAAGGUCGAAAAAGUCGUAUAACAAUUUUUGGUCAACUUGGGUUGACGCAAGACGACCAAUAUGUAUUAAAUUAUGGAGCAACCUUAAACGAUAAACCCAGUAAGAAUCGUAAAGAAAAUAAUCAUUUUAGAUUUAUGUUUACAUCAGUAAUUAAACUGGAUUGGACAAAAUAAUAUUGUUUGAUUUGUCUUUCAGUUCGAAGUAAUGUCAUGUAUGUGAAUGACCCUAAUGAAUGGAGUACUUGCAGACCAGAAGCAAACGACGCGGAAACUUUCAUAAGUGUUAUUAUACUUCUGUAUAUUAGAAUUUAUGUGAUUUUGACUGGAAAUGUGUUAGAAUUAGUAUAUAUAUUAUAUUCUAGAAAAACAACACAGGCAACUCAAGUCAAUUUCAAUUUUUCAAAGAACACCCCAAUCAAAAGUUUGAAAAAUAAAUCGGUGCAAUGUUUUUGUAACAGUACACAAUGUACAAACACGAAACCAUUCGAUUCUAAUGUAAAAGACGAGAACAUUAUAUUAAAACAGUGCAAGAGUCCAUUAGUUGUAAUAUCCGUUUAUCCUAGACAAGAUUCGGUGGAAAUUAUUGAGAAAAGCAGUCCUGGUAAAAUUAUUCGUCACCAAGUUUCACCCCAAAAUAUGACGGUUUCUAAAACAAACGAGACCAAUACUUAUCAAAAAAAGGAAGAAAAGAAACCAAAAAUAGAACGGACAUUAAUUGACACUAAAAGUAAAUUUGCCAAAAGUAGAGCAACUUCACCAGCUUCUGAAAUUGUUAAAGAGAAAAGAAAAAAUACAAAUACAAAAGUUAUUGGAGUUAGUAAUAGCACAAAAAAUCAACUUUCCCAGCGUCAAAAGAGUCCUGACAAAUCUGUACCUAAAUUUAAUAACAAUCCCACAGUAAAAAAGAUAUUCGCUCCUAAAAAAGAAGCUUCAAAAAUAACCAUAGAUAUAAACGGUGAAAAAGAAGACUAUAGUGUGUUGUUAAGGCAGCGAAAUUUUGAUACAGGAUUGUGUAUACGAAAAAGAACAAAAGAUCAGUGUCAGGGAGUGAAAAAGAAUGAAAAUUCAAGAAAGUCUUUGCUUAUAUCCGACAGUGUUGGUAAUGAUGAUGAAAAAUAUUGCAAAAACACGCGCAAUACUAAUAAUACUCGGAAACAUUUCGUUCCGAAAUUGUUGGCGUCUGAAUCAAAAUUAAAUGUAAAAGAUAGUAUUGAAGUAUGCCACAGUUACCAAUGCAUAUCGUAUUACGAUGUUGGAUGUAACGAGGACGAGGCGUCAAUACGAGAACAGCGAAAUAGCUCACGAAUAGAAACCAAACGAACAGAGAAAAACCUUUCUGGACCUAAUAAACAUUACCGAGGUGACAACUGUUCCAUAACAGACCCGUUAGAGAGAGAUCAAGAAAUUAGAAAGCUCCUUGGUGUAUUAAGAGAACAAUAUCAAAGUCGAAAAGAGACUGAAGUAUUUGUUUCGUUGUCAGAAGACUUUUUAGUAGAUCAUAAUGUCCCCAAUUUUACUUUAAAUAAAAACUUGUUAAAAAAGGAUUUAAGAGAAAAGAUUCCAAGCACUGAUAUACAAACGAAAUACCAUGAAACUCGAAAAGAUAAUAUUUCGUUUGUUCAAACAAUAAAAACAGCUAACGAUUCUGUACGAAAAACAGCUAUGAAAAAUAAUUUAACAAAAACUUAUAAUAAUGUUAUUACUAACGAUGCGCCGCUAAAAAUACAAAAUAUUUUAACUUCGUGUGUCAGAAGAGAAAAUAAAAUUAUAAAUCCGAACAUAGAGGUUAUUUUGCAAUUAGAAAAAAGUAAACCUAUCGCAUUAACUAAGAAACAAUACGAAAAAGUAAAGAGAAUCAUACAGCGUACAUCAUCAAAAAAAUCUAAUGAAAUAGAAAAAAGAAAAAGAUAUCAAAUAAACGAUAUACAUUGCAAUCUCGUAUCUAUUGGAACAAUUAAAAUGAAACGUAAACAGCAACAAGGAAUAUGCUUCAAUCGUGAAACUCAAACUGAAAAUACAUCCAAUUCUGUUGAAAUACAAUAUAACUCGCAAUGUCAUAAUAAACUUGUAGGUAUCGAUCAAAGUAGUUUGCUUAAUGUUUUGCUUAUUGUAAUAUCAACGACAGGUCGAAGAAAAUGUGUUACACCAAAUCUGGGGACAUCGGCAUUCUCAUUAAACUCAAACAGUACAAGUGAUUCUAAGCAUUCUAUUAAGCCACAUAGUAACUCAGACAAUGAAAAGAUCAAGAAGCCCCUUUUGCAGAGAUUAAUGUCUUGUUUGAUAAUGCGAACAGCGCGAACACCCGAUUUUAAAGAUACAGCGAACCGAAGAAAACUUCCUAGCCAAAAUAUGUCACCAGAUUCCUAUAAUAUAAGCACGUCUUUAGGUGCGUUAGAAAUGUCUUCGUCUAUAUACGACUCAUCUGUAUCUUUCUACAGCAAUCAUUCAAUUAUUCAAAUUAAUAAAACAAAGAGAGGGUUUUUCAACUCAGUGCGAGGAUUUCUAACAUUAAAAAGAAACUAAUUCUCCAUAAGAUUUAUGUUUCGUGAAAUACGUAUCUACAUAUUACGUUCUGUCUUAUUAGUUUUAUUUGUUUCGUUAUAUGAAUUGAUGUCUUUUAUUGACAAAAUAAUAAAUCGUGUUCGUUAUCAAUUA